AAGGACAGUGCCUUCAACUACAACCAAACGCAAUUAUUUUCUUGUUCAUAUUCAUCUACAAACAAUGGCUUCUACUUGUUUAUCCAGUACUAAAAGUUGGAAGAAUGAUGUUUUCUUAAGUUUUAGAGGUGAAGAUACACGUAAAACUUUUGUUGGUCAUCUCUACUAUGCUCUAAACCAAAAAGGGAUUCAUACUUUCAAAGAUGAUGUAAGGUUGGAGAGAGGAAAAUCCAUUUCACCUGAACUUGUGAAAGCUAUUGAACAAUCAAGAUUUGCUAUUGUUGUAUUUUCUAAGAAUUACGCAUCCUCUACGUGGUGUUUGGAUGAACUUGGGAAGAUCAUGGAAUGCAAGAAAGAAUUAGGACUAACUGUGAUACCGAUAUUCUAUGAUGUAGAUCCAUCUGAUGUAAGUAAGCAAAGCGGAAGUUUUGCUGAAUCAUUUGGCAGACAUGAGGAAAAUUUGAAAGAGGAUGUGGAGAAGGUGCAAUGCUGGAGGGAUGCAUUUCGUCAAGCAGGGAAAAUAUCUGGAUAUGAUUUACCAAAUGCAUACGACGGGUAUGAAUCUAAUUGCAUUCAGCAUGUUGUUGAAGACAUACUGAGUAAACUAUGUCAAGUAAUUUCAACCAUUGAAAAAGAUUUGGUGGGGAUGGAAUCUCGAAUGCAUGAAGUAAGUUCAUUACUAAGGAUGGAAACACCUGAUGUUCGUUUUAUUGGAAUAUGGGGGAUGAGCGGCAUUGGUAAGACAACAAUUGCAAAUGCUGUGUUUGACAAAUAUUCUGACCAAUUUGAUGGUAUGUGUUUUCUAGAUAAUGUUUCAGAAAUCCAAAGGACACGUGGACUGCAAUAUUUGCAAGGAGUUCUCCUCUCAAAAAUCCUCAAGGUAAGCUUAACUAUAGCAAGUGUAUAUGAAGGCAUGAAAAUCAUAAAGCAAAGGCUACGCUCAAUGAAGGUUUUGAUCAUUCUUGAUGAUGUAAAUCAGAAAGACCAAUUAGAAAUGUUAGUUGGAGGGCGUGACUGGUUUGGUACUGGUAGUAGAAUUUUGAUUACAACAACAGAUAGACACUUGUUACAUAAUGAGGUGGAUGAUGUGUAUCAAGUCAACUUAAUGACUAUUAAUGAAGCUAUUGAGCUCUUCAGCCUACAUGCCUUUAAGCAAAGAAUUCCCGAGGAAGAUUUUGAGGAGGUUUUAAAUCAAGUUGUGCAGAAUGCCGGUUUUCUCCCUCUAGCUCUGAAAAUUCUUGGUUCGUCUCUCUAUGGACUAGAGAAGAUUGAGUGGAAAUGCGCAGUUGACAGACUUAAGGAUAUGCCAGAUCAUGUUCUUUCUAAGCUUAAGAUAAGUUUUGAACGGCUGAAUCCUUCUGAUCAGAGACUAUUUCUAGAUAUUGGAUGCUUUUAUAGAGGAAAAUUGAGGGGUUAUGUAGAGGAAAUGCUUGAGAGCUGUCAUAUUGGAUCUACAAUAAGAGUCUUAAUUGAAAAGUCUCUCUUAUUUAUCUCACCCUAUGACACAAUCGAAAUGCAUGAUUUGAUACAAGAAAUGGCCUGGCACAUCGUGAGACAAGGUGACACAAGAAGGAGCAGAAUAUGGCUUCGUGAGGAUAUUGAGGAUUUGUUUACAGGAAAUUUGGAGGCAGAAGCUGUGGAGGGCCUAUGGAUCCCAAGGAAUUACAUGCCAAAACAGGAUAUAUCCUAUUACAACAUCAAUGAAUCAUUCAGAAGAAUGAAAAGAUUGAGGGUGCUUGUAGUCAGAGCAACAAAUUUCUGCUCUGUUGACCCGAUCACUCAUAUUCCUAGCAGCAUAAGGUGGCUUGAUUGGGAAGGUUGCCCUCUAAAUUCAUUGCCACAGAGUUUUGAACCUUCAAAGCUUCUUCGUCUCGAUAUACUUGAAAGUACUACACUUCAGAAGCUCUGGACAAUUUCAAAGGGCUUGGACAAACUUAAAACUUUGUAUCUCAGCUACUGUGAGCACUUGGAAGAAGUUCCAAGCUUUAGUAUGAUGCCAAAUUUAGAGAGAAUAAAGCUGGAGGGAUGUAAGAGUUUGAGAGAAGUCAGCCCAUCCUUUGGCAUUCACACGAAGCUAACUUCGGUGGAAGUAAUUGAUUGUCCAAGCCUUGAGAAGCUUCCAAGUUGUAUUCAAAUGGGAUCACUUCAGAGUCUCAAACUUUCUUGUCUUCCAAAAUUGAGGGAAUUGCCAGAAACCAAGGAGAUUCACUGUUUAUUGACAUUGGAGGUAACUAAUUGUCAGAGCCUUGAGAAGCUUCCUAGUUGUGAUCAGAUGGAAUCCCUUGAGACUCUCAAACUUUCUUGUCUUCCAAAAAUAACAACAUUGCCGCCACUUGACGGGAUGCAUGGUUUACAGGAACUUGUUGUAGAAUAUGUUCCGAUAGUAGAGCUUCCGGUGUCAAUCGGAAAUCUUGGUUCCCUCAAACAACUAAGACUAAGUCAUUGUAAAGAUCUGGUAAGCAUUCCAAACAGCUUUUGUUGUCUGAAGAGUCUUGGAGUUCUUCUGAUCUACAACUGCAAAAGACUAGUGGAGUUGCCAGAAAAGAUGGGCGACUUGAAACUGUUAAAGAAGUUAGUAGUAUAUGGUACUGCAAUUUCCCAGUUACCCCCUUCAGUUUCAGAUCUUGGUGAACUAAACUUUUGUUCGUUCUCUCGCUGGUCUGGAUACAGACAAGGUGCAACAUUUCUGUUACCCCCUGCAUCAGAUGUAUCGCCGUUGAGGGUGUUAAAGCUUAACAAAUACACGCUGUGUAGCGGAGAACAUCUUCUUGAUCUUGGAGGCUUAUCAUCUUUGGCUCACUUGGAUUUGACUAGAAAUGAUUUUACUAGUUUUAGUGAAACCACCAAUCUGCUCUUUCAUUACCUAGAUAUUACAUUUUGUGAGAAGAUUGUGUUACCCGAACUUCCACCAUGCAUAAAGGAGUUAUAUGCAUAUGAUCCUUUAAUAUUGAAAAGCAUCCCUGAUUUCCCUAGCAAAUAUUCAGACCUGUAUUCAGUGUCAUUCACGUGUCAUAUUGAGAACAGAGGUGAAUUGACUGGUAUCUUGCACUUUGUCCUCCACUCAAUUAGUGUGGCAUCUCAGUGGGAGAAAAGGCUGCCAUUUAGCGUUUUCUUCCCUGGAGAUAUAAGAUGGAACGGGUUCACUUAUUACCGGAAAGAACAAACAAAAAGAUUCUCCACUCAACUUGAUCCAUGUUGGUACGAAAGUAAAUUCAAAGGAUUUGUUAUAUGCUUUCGUGUACCAUCGGUUAUUGGUCAGAAUCAGAAACCUUCAGAUGCUAAAUCACAACGAGGAAGUCGCAGGUUUGGAUGCGCUAAGGUUACUGCUAAGUUAGUACAAAGAUAUAACAGGCAAGAACAUGAUGUACUCCAGAAAAAAUGUUUGAUUGUUGCCCGUCAAACAUGUUGCUCUCAUGGUAGUAAAUAUGCCAUUUGCUUUAGCUACAUCCCUUUUGUAUCACUAUGGCAUUCUUCUGAUUGUGAGAAAGGGAAAAAGCUGCCAAAUGACUAUUGCUUCUUCGAGGCAUCUAUAGACCCAGACACUGCAACAAAAUGGGGACUUCUUUUGGUUUAUGAGAAUAAAAUUCAGCAGAUAGAUCAAUCAACCAUCGCGGUCCAGCUUGAUGUGGAAUCUCGGAAUACCGACCUGUUUAGAGUAUGUAAUGAUGACCAGGGCCAGAAAAUGGAGGAUGCUUCUGUUAAGAGAAGACGUCUUAAUUUUCCUCAAGUGAUGAAGGAUUCGUAUUCUCCCAGUGAGUGUCAAACUUUCCAAAUAAUUCCUGAUCAACAAUUGGAAAUACCAAGCUCUUCUGCAACUCAAAGUUUCCAACACAGGGAAGAGUCAUACGCUUCAGAACAACCCGAAACUAUAGCUGAUCCGCAAGUUAGUGAAGCAAUAGAUGAUGCUACCUCCUGCUUGGUACUUGAACAACUGGAAGCACCAAGCUCUUCCGAACAGCCUGAAACAUUUGAAUUCUCUCCAGGUGAGCACAAGGAUAAUUCAGUGACAACUGGAUCUGACUGCUCCGAAGGAUUCCCACAAUUGGAGACCACAUGCACUUCUGGACAAUCUCAAACUCUCCUUCUCUUUCCCGAGCAUUCAUGAUUUAGAAUUACCGGUGGACCUCUUGAUUUGCUGGCGAAAAGGUCACAAAUGGCAGGAUUUUCAAGCUUGUGGUGAAACUUUUGUUUUCUGCAUGAUGGUGGAUGUCCAUCUCCUCAUGUUUCUUGGGAUUCAGAGAGUAUUUAUUUGCUCCAAAGCUGUUAACAGACAAAUCGCUCAACAUAAAACAAGUGCCAGAAGCAAAGAAUCUGCAUAUUCAAUCCAACACAUUAAGUAGAGCAGCCAGUAAACGUAAUUAUGAAAUCCAUUUUUUCUAUCUAUUUACUGUGGAUUUGGUACAAUUGAAUUUGUAGGUGAGAAGAGCAUGCAUUACGAUUAA